AUGCAGCCUGCCUCCAGGCCAAUCCGAAGCAGCCCUGACGGUCCCAACAUCUUCACCCUGGCGUCAUGCCAUGCCCACCCUCCUCUCCCUCCCAACCCCCGUUUCCCUUCCUCCAUCCUUCCCACCUCCUCCUCCAACCUUCCCCACCCUCUCCUCCCUCUUCCAGGCCAAUCCGAAGCAGCCCUGACAGUGUAUCAGCGGAUGCUCAAGGCGGGGUGCAAGCCCAACACCUUCACUCUGGCCUCACUCAUCCGCAUUCUCGGCAAAACCAAGGACUGGCAAGGAGCAGUUAAGUUUUUUGAGGAUGCGAGAUCUUCCAGCAUCCCUCUUAAUGCGCACCUCUUUAACGCGUUACUAGACGCGCUGCUGCACAACAGGCAGGUGGCUGCAGCGCGCUUAUAUCGAGGGCCGUACUGCCGCACUAUCAAUGGAGCUCUCGAAUGUUUCGCUGCUGCCUUUCCUUGA